AUGAAACAGGACAAUGCUAGCAUAUUCGUUUGACAUGGUUGUUUUUCUGUGAUUUACCAAAAACUCAAAGGCCUUGAUCGAAUUAACCAACAAACUUAGCAAACACAAAUUAACGAAACCUUUGAUUCCAGUUAACCGGAAUCAAACCCCCGUGAUUCAACUGCAACAGAAGCGGAGUGGAGAAAGUGGAAACCCAAGAAAUUAAUAAUAAUUUAUAAUUUUUAAAAAAUCAAAUAAAUCAAUUUCUUGUUAUCCAAAUUUUUUGUUUCAUGCUACUCUCUACUAUUUCGUAUAUAUGCUCGUAACUUACAAACACAAGGUAGCGUAGCUAGUCAUGGCUCUUCCCCUUGGCAAGUUAACUAUACUCGUCGGUGCAGGUAUUGUUGGCUCUAUUCUUGUGAAAGAAGGGCGCAUGUCAAAUGUUUCUGAUUUUUUCUCUGGUGCUUUGAAGUUUGCUUUUCGGCAAUUGAAACAUGAUGAUUCUACUCCAUCAGUAAACAAGCCACGCAAUGACUAUUUGAUGGCUCAGGUUAGCAGCCUAAGGCAGGAGCUGCAAAUCUUGGCAUCAAACAGACCAAUUACGAUUGUAACUGGACGUGGAACAGGUACCAGUAAAUACAGCAUAAUCAUUGUUGUUGUAGUAGUUGGAUAUGGCUAUGUUUGGUGGAAGGGUUGGAGACUUCCUGAUAUGAUGUUUGCAACAAGGCGUAGUUUAUCUGAUGCACGUGAUGCCAUAGCCAAGCAGCUUGAGAGUGUUUACUCGUCAAUCUCGGCUACCAGACGACAUCUAUCCACAAGAAUUGAAGGUGUGGAUAAACAUCUGGAUGAAAUUGCAGAUAUUACUACUACUACACAAGACGAGGUUUCUCUGCUACAAGAUAAAUCGAAGAUGCUAAACAGCAAUGUUCAAUCUGUUCGUUAUGUAGUUCAAACUCUGGAAAGUAAGAUUAACAGAUUAGAAGGAAAACAGGAUAUGACAAAUGAAGGAGUAAACUGUCUGUGUGAUUAUGCCCAGACCAUGGAAUGGAAUAGAUCCGCUGAUCGUAUUCAGGCAUCACCGGAUAGUUCCUCCAGGCCAGCUCUUGAAGCACCAAUGAAAACACCAUCAAGGACUGGGUCUUUGCCUCCCAUGUUACCAGUAGAAUCGCCAUCUUUCGACUCCAAUGGAACUCAUAAGGAGUGGGAGAUUGAGACCAUUAGAGCUUGGUGGAAGAGUUUAGGCUAGUGGUGCCUUCUCAGUUUGGGAGAUUAGCAGAGUAGAAGGUUGUUCUCUGUUAAUGGAGCUUUCCAUGGAGCUGGAAAAUGAGUGUUUGCCAUUGAAGGAGGCCAGAGAAGUAAGUGGGAGAUUUGAGGUGGGUUGGUUUGGGUCUGAAGACUGAAAAGGAGAGUGUGUAGGAGAGGGAGAUCUUGAAGUUUAGGCCAAUUCAUGGCUCUGGGAACUGGAGUGUUUACCAGUGGUUGCCGUUGUUUGGCCAUUGGAUUUUGGUGGUUGCGUGGCAUGGGUUUUGAAGGGAAGGUCUGUUGAGGUUUUGAAGGGUUGAGGAUAAACCAGGAAAUUGUCAUCUUCUUUUCAGAAUAGGAAGACAAUUUCUGUUUUUCAAGGUUUUUUUUUUUUUUCGUUGACUUAGUCAUUUCCAUUGCACCAAAUUUUCAGUUUUCCGAGCACCAGAAAAUGAGAAAAUGGACUUUUGGAAGCUCAUUUUUUGCCCAAAAAAAAAAAAAAGAUCUUAUUUUUGGUAAGGAACAAUAGGGGAUUCUGUUCUCUGGCUUUUCUUAUAUCUUUUACUCAACCACAAGACAAAUACUUUAUCAAUUUUUACAGUAGAUGUUAAUGAUUUUUGUCAUGUUUAUCUUGCAUGCAUGGAGAAAUUUGGUUCCACGGGAUAUUUUUUAAAUUAUCUUAGGAGACUUCUUUGUUAAGCCAAAUUGGUCCUCAGGACCUGCAUAAAGAAAGAAAUCAUGGCUUCAGUCCAAAUGCUUGAUCUAAAACAUUUUUGUCCCCUUUAUUAAA